CCACGGCGGCGCGGAGCUUUUGUUGCUUUGGCGGCCUCUUCGGCAUUGGCUUGUGUUGCCAGGUAGGACCCUUUUAUGGGUCGGACUCAGUCAGGGCUGGUUAAAAGGAUUAUUGGCCAAUGAGUUGGGAAUCGGUGGAGGUGAAGGAAGUUUUGUGGCGGGGACCGCGGACGGACGGCGUCUCCGGAGCCCGGCUGACAUUCUCGCAGGUCACCGAAAGGAGGCCCUUCGCUUCGUGAUGCUGAAGGGGGAGAGACGCGUCUCAUUUGCCCUCCUUUUCUCGUCGUGGUGAGGGAACCUGCCCGCUCGCCCGGCGGAAGUAAAGAGAGGCCGCCGCAGGGAAUCUGCCGGGUGGGGAGGUUGACCUGGGAGCCUCUCGCCAUCUGCGAUCAGUAGGGAAAAGGCUCUUCGGUGGGGAGGACCACCGGCCGGUCCCCUCGGCUUCUGAAGCAAAGCAGCGCUGGAUUACGUGUGUGACAUGUCUCCGGUCAUCUCCUCUAAGGAUAAUAGCCGGCAUCGCCGGCCAGGCAACUACCAGAACGCCCUGGAUGGGAUGCAGAGUAAGUCUGCUCCUCUAGAUUUCUAUGAAGAUGGCCCUGUGGACGCCGUCGGAAAAGAUGACAGGGAGCCGCUGCUUCAGGAGCCACAUAUCCAGCCUCUGGAGCCUCCCCAAGACUAUAGAACAGAGUUUGGCAAUAUCUUGCUCCUUCUCUUCCUGUAUGUGUUGCAAGGGAUCCCUUUGGGGCUUGCUGGCAGCAUCCCCCUCAUCUUGCAAAGCAAGAAUGUCAGCUACAAGGACCAGGCUUUCUUUAGUUUUGUCUUCUGGCCUUUCAGUCUGAAGUUGCUCUGGGCUCCCUUGGUGGACGCUGUGUACUUCAGGAACUUUGGUCGCCGAAAGUCUUGGCUUGUGCCUACUCAGUACAUUAUAGGUCUUUUUAUGAUGUACUUGUCUGUGCGGGUGGAUGCUCUGCUUGGGGAGACCGAUGGCCAAAGCCCAGAUGUGGUGGCCCUUACUGUGACGUUCUUCCUCUUUGAAUUCCUAGCAGCCACUCAGGACAUAGCUGUAGAUGGCUGGGCAUUGACUAUGUUAUCACGAGAAAAUGUGGGCUAUGCAUCCACUUGUAAUUCCGUGGGUCAGACGGCUGGCUACUUCUUGGGAAAUGUCUUGUUCCUGGCUCUUGAAUCACCUUCCUUCUGCAAUAAGUAUUUACGCUUUCAGCCCCAAGCCAAAGGAAUUGUUACACUUUCAGAUUUCCUCUUUUUCUGGGGUGCUGUUUUUUUAAUAACUACUACAUUGGUUGCGCUUUUGAAAAAGGAAAACAAGACAAUAGCACCAUCAAAAGAAGAGACAAAAGGAAUCACGGAUACAUACAAGCUGCUUUUCUCAAUAAUCAAAAUGCCAGCUGUCCUUACAUUUUGUGCCCUGAUCUUAACAGCAAAAGUUGGUUUCUCAGCAGCAGAUGCUGUAACAGGUCUCAAACUGGUAGAAGAAGGUGUGCCUAAGGAACAUUUAGCUCUGCUUGCUGUUCCAAUGGUUCCAUUGCAAAUCAUACUGCCCCUGAUCAUCAGCAAAUACACAGCAGGGCCAAAGCCCUUGAAUACGUUUUAUAAAGCCAUGCCAUUCAGGCUACUGUUUGGAUUAGAAUUUGCUCUCCUGUUUUGGUGGACUCCCAGAGUAAAGUAUGAAGGAGGAUUUCCGAUCUAUUUCUACUUUAUAUUAUUGCUGAGUUAUGCCUUACAUCAGGUUACUGUAUAUAGUAUGUAUGUUGCUAUAAUGGCUUUCAAUGCCAAAGUUAGUGACCCACUCAUUGGAGGAACAUACAUGACACUGCUCAACACGGUAUCCAAUCUGGGAGGAAACUGGCCAGCCACAGUAGCUUUGUGGCUUGUGGACCCACUUACAGUGAAGCAAUGUGUUGGAAUUCAAGGUCAUAACUGUGGGACUUCAGCUGCUGCAGAACUUUGCUCAAAAGAAGGUGGAUCUUGUGCUAUUACUCUGGAUGGUUAUUAUGUGGAAUCCAUAACAUGCGUAGUAUUAGGAUUUGCUUGGUGGUUGUUUCUUGGGCCAAGACUGAAAAGGCUUCAGGAUGAGCAACCAGCAUCAUGGAAAUGCAGAAGAAUCAGUUAAUGAAAAUGAAAUAUCACAAAAGACUGGCUAAAAUUGCUAUAGCUUUGUCAUAUAACAAAUAUACAAGAGAAUAAGUAUACACAUCUAAAAAUGGUCGAUUUAUACAUGCCAAAUGACUUUACAAAAGCUAGAGUCAAGUUAAGUACUGUAUGGAUCAAUUAUAAAGUUUGCCCUUCUUAUCCAAAAUUACCUUUAAAGUUGUUUUUUUUUUUUUUAAAAUUACUUUAUAAAAAAAUUUAAAAUCUGUUACUAUUCUGCUAAAUUACAGUGGUUGCCUUCCUUUUAUGCCCUUAAAGUUACCUUUGAAGAAAAAUAAAUCUGUCUUUAAAGGAUCUUACAAUAAUUUUGAUUUAUAAUAAACAUUGAAUCUACAUGGUUAAAAUGCUUUAGAAAUAAAAAAAAGUUUUAUAUAUAUGUAUAUGUUUUAUAUUGCUUAAUUCUAAAUUCUAAAUUAUAUUCCAUAAUUCUAAAUAGGUCAAAACGAUUCAAAGGUAUAACAGAUUCUUUUUUUUGCCUUGCUCUCAUAAAAUUUAGUUUUAUAAAAAAAUAAUAUAUUUAUAAUAGUGAUAAUAUGCUUUUUUUUUCUUUUAAAGUUCAGAUUUGGUACAGUACUAAUAGUUUACAGCAUAAAUAGCCCCAAGUCACAGAGGCAUAUUAAUUGGUUCUGAAGUCUUUCAAAAUAUUAGACUCAGAUAUAAAAUCGAUGAUAACAGUUUGCAUGUGAAAAACCAAACUUAUAAGUUUAUGAAGAAUGGAACAUACUUUUUUUUUUUUUGGCAUAUGGGACCCAAAUAAGACCAAGCAGAAUAUUUAGUGCCUUCUGGAAACAAGUUAUGUAAGAUGGCAAUCAAAUAUCUGUACUGUUAAAUUUUAGAACGUGUGUCAUUCUCAUAAAAUAUACCCAUUUCUGCUGAUGUCGGGAAUCUAAGUAAUUGUUUCAAUGAACAUUAGAGGACAUUUUUUAGACUCUAAUGAUGUACAAUAUAAUGUAUAUCAUAUGGAAAUGGGCUCUGUAUAGCAUUUGAUGUAUUGUAUACAUCUUUCAUAUGAACAUUUAUUCAAAAAUAAAAUGGUGUCAUACUUUU